UAAGACGUCAAAUAUUUGAGACUACCCUCAAGCGACAAACCAAUUCGUCCUCAUAACAGUGAACACUGUCUAUUGGGAUUAGACUUUUUCGAACCUGUUUGGCGUCAGUAAUUGCAACCAAACGAUACACGAAGGUUGUUAGAAUGAGGAGAUUUCUAAAUUCCAUUUUGAUGGCUGUGGCUCUCACUAGCCUGAUUGCUAGCUCAUCGACUUUGUCGGUGAAUUUGAAAGGCAAGGUUUUGGACAAUGGCAAAGAAGGUAGCUAUGACCCGUUUAGUUGGUCAGAGCAGCCCUCCUGGAAGAUCAACGCCGAUCGUGAAAACAAGCCAUCAGCCGUUGACUGGGAUGAUGUAGAAUAUCGACUACCCGGAGAUCUUUUGCCAAGCGUUUACACUAUUCGGUUACUUCCCUUCAUCGAAGAAGGUAAUUUUACCACGGAUGGCUACAUUGAAAUAUACGUCGACUGCGUCAACAACACCAAAAACAUUGUACUCAACAGCGUCGAUAUCGACAUCCAUCAAUUAUCAAUCACGGUGCUCGAUUUGGAGACAAAAAAUCCGCUGGCAGUGGUAGGCCGUGAGGACCAGCAAGACACUCUUCAGAAGGUUAUCAUAAAAACGGCAGGCAGUUUAGUAGCUGGUAGACGUUACAAGAUCUCCAUGGGAUUCACUUCCAUCCUGAACGAUAAACUAAUUGGGUUCUACCGUUCUUCCUACGUUGAAAAUGGUGUAACCAAGUAUUUAGCUACUUCCGACAUGGAACCCGCCGACGCCCGUGUUGCCUUCCCCUGUUUUGAUGAGCCCGAAAUGAAAGCUCGUUUCUCCAUCAUCUUGGGCCGCAAAGAAUCCUGGAAGUCUUCUAGUAACAUGCCUAAAAUAGGAACCAAUCCAAUUGAAGGCAUGCCCGGCUACGUCUGGGAUUUCUUCGACACAACGCCAGUCAUGUCGACUUACUUGGUAGCCAUGAUGGUCUCUGAAUUUGUUAGCACUCCAUCCGAUCCUGCGUUGAGCAACGUUGAAUUUCGCGUUCUGACUAGACCCGAACUACAGAAAGAUGCUACGUACGCCGCCAACGUCGGACCAAGGAUUCUGGAAUACUUUGAAACCUUUUUCGGAGUCGCUUAUCCUUUGGCCAAGGAAGAUUUGGCAGCCAUUCCGGAUUUCGGACCGGGUGCCAUGGAGAACUGGGGACACAUCAACUUUAGGGAGAGCUAUUUAAUUGUGAACGAGAAUACGACCGCUUCCAGUAAACAACGCGUAGUUGAAGUUAUUGCUCACGAACUGGCUCACAUGUGGUUUGGUGAUCUCGUUACUAUGGAAUGGUGGAAUAAUAUCUGGCUGAACGAAGGGUUUGCUCGUUAUCUGCAAUACUUUGGAGCAGACUCGGUUGAGCCCAGCUACAAACUGCACGAGCAAUUCGUCGUGAACACGUUGCAGCGCGUGCUCGUGUCCGAUUCUCUCGAUUCAACUCACCCAAUGAGCUAUCCUGAAGAGAAAAGUCAAGUUUUCGAUACCAUCGAAUACGACAAAGGUGCAAGCGUGAUCCGCAUGUGUGCCAACUUCCUCGGAAUGGAUACUUUCCGACGCGGCCUCAACCGCUAUCUCACCAGAAACGCGUACAGCAACGCAGUGGAGGAAGACCUGUGGAACACUCUUGAAGAACAGGCUGCCAUAGACGGGGUGAUCCUUCCGGACUCUUUGGCGAAAAUCAUGGCCCCUUGGACGCAGACAACCAACUAUCCGCUCAUCACUGUUAAGCGGACUUAUAUCGAAGGCGAUGGAGCUCUAGUCACGCAGAGUCGUUUCGUGCUACCUACAAGCGGCGAAGGAAACUCUGUCCAAGAGGACACUGUUUGGUGGGUGCCGUUGACCUACAGCCAUGAUUUUAGCCUCCACCCUACAACUGCCUGGAUGUCAACAGCCACCAGGACACUUGUUAGCCUUGCAGCUACAAGUGACCAGUGGGUCAUCUUCAACGUCAAUCAAGCAGGAUUCUAUCGAGUUGCUUACGACGAGGCCAAUUACAACAUGAUUGCCGACCAGCUGAUUGCCUCUCACGGUCACAUUUCGAUUCCUAACCGGGCCCAGCUGCUCGACGACGCUUUCGUGCUCGCCAAAAUCAACAAGAUCUCGUACAACAUUGCAAUGGAUCUGACUCUCUAUUUGAAAUAUGAACGGGAAUACGUUCCAUGGCGUUCUGUCCUCGACGAACUCGAUUACCUCGACGUUAUGCUGCACAACGAGCCGCAAUAUGUGGACUGGAAGAUUUACAUGACGUCGCUGGUGACACCGUACUACAACCAUGUUGGAUUCCAAGAAUCGGAAUCAGAUGCCCAUUUAACCAUCUUGUCUCGAACUGACGCUUUGAAUUGGGCGGGCAAAUUGAAAAUUGACGAUUGCGUCCAAAAUGUGAAGAGCCAAUACGCCGCUUUAAUGGAACAACCAGAUAUGAGACUGUCACCGAACCAGAGAGAUUUCAUCUUGCGUGCGGGCGUUGAAAACGGCCGCCGAGCCGAGUGGGAUUUUGCAUACGAGCAAUACAAAGCCUCAGAUUCGGACAGUUUCCUCAUUGCCAUGACUUACACGAGAGAGAGCAGCAUCGUCUACGAUUUGCUGGGCAAGAUGCUCGAUCCUAAUUCCAUUCGUUCCGAAGACGUUGAUAAGGUGUUUACCAACUUGGCUGCCAAUCCGUUAGGUAACGCCAUGGCUCUUGAUUUCCUAGUCCAGCGCUGGAAUGAUAUCGAAGAUGCGCUUGGAACGAGUCAUUUUGUUACAUUCUUCCGAUCGCUGUGUGAUCGUCUUAAUAAGCAGACACAAUAUGAACAGAUGGUGAAGCUGCGUGACGACCAUUUCGACAUCCUUGGUAAUUCGACGACGGUUGAACAAGGUCUUGGUGUCAUCCAAACUAACAUUGAAUGGAUGUCUGCUAAUCAAUUGGAAAUUGGGGAAUGGCUAAAAGAUCCUUCAACGGCAACAGCUUUACCUACAACUGAGGCAACUACAGAAGCACUAACGACAACAGCUUUACCUACAACUGAGGCAACUACAGAAGCUCUAACGACAACAGCUUUACCUACAACUGAGGCAACUACAGAAGCUCUAACGACAACUUCUACUGAACAUACUUCUACUUUAACUUCCUCAACUACUUCAACUACUACAACUACUUCCGCCACUCCUGCACCUACCACUCCCUCUUCCGGCGAAGACAUGCGAUUGCCCGGUGACAUCAUUCCCAUCUCGUACGACGUUCGAAUGUUGCCAUUUGUUGAGCUCAUCGAAUCCGGAAACUACACAACCGAGGGCUCCGUCGUGAUCGUCGUCGAAUGUAUCAGAUCCACCAGAAACAUUUCAAUUAAUAGCGCUGAACUUGUCAUUCGUAGAGGCACUAUAUCGAUCUUGGACAUGCAAACAAACAGCCCAUUGGCGGUGGUCGAUUACUUUGACGAGCAAUCAACUCGCGAAAUCAUAACUAUUCAAACGGCCUCAAUGCUCGGCGCGGGUAAACGAUACAAGAUCUCCAUGAGCUUCAAGUCGACUCUCAACGACGAUCUGCGUGGGUUUUACCGCUCCUCUUACAUAGAAGAAGGCGUUAGGAAGUGGUUAGCUGUAACCCAGUUCGAGUCGACUGAUGCACGACGUGCCUUUCCCUGUUUUGAUGAGCCGAGUAUGAAGGCAAAUUUCACAGUUGCACUAGGCCGAAAAGAUAAUAUGACUGCCGUUAGUAACAUGGAGCAGAUUAAGAGUGGGCCUGUCGCCGGAAUGCCUGGAUACAUUUGGGAUUCCUUUGCACCGUCGGUUAAGAUGUCGUCCUAUUUGGUGGCCUUUUUAGUAUCUGAUUUUAUCAACAUUUCGGCAAAGCCAGGAGUAAGCAAUGUCCAGUUCCGUAUCUGGGCUCGAGCAAAUGCUGAAAACCUUACAACGUACGCCAUCGAUAUUGGACCGAGAAUUCUAGAAUACUUUGAGAGUUAUUUUAACAUCGACUACCCACUAGCCAAACAAGAUAUGGCAGCCAUUCCCGACUUCGCAGCUGGUGCCAUGGAGAAUUGGGGACUGAUCACAUACAGAGAGUCUGAUUUACUGAUUGACACCGAGACGGCCAGUGCUCGUCAAAAACAACGAGUUGCUAUCGUGAGCGCCCAUGAGCUGGCUCACCAGUGGUUUGGCGACCUUGUCACCAUGGACUGGUGGAACGCAAUCUGGUUGAAUGAAGGAUUCGCCAGUUACAUGGAGUUCAUCGGCACGGAUUCGGUUGAACCCGAUUUCAAAAUGAACGAUCAAUUUGUUAUCGAAAAUUUACAAUACGUUUUUGGGAUCGAUGCGCUGGAGACGUCCCGACCCAUCAACAUCGAAGUAAACACACCUGCGGAGAUCUCGUCGCUUUUUGAUGCCAUUUCUUAUGAAAAAGGGUCCUGCAUCGUUCGGAUGUGCGCCGAUAUGUUGGGCAUUGAUGCAUUUAAAAGAGGACUUACACGCUACCUAAACGACAACGCUUAUGGUAAUGCCCAGCAAGACGAUCUUUGGCAAGCCAUGCAGGAACAGGCUGACGAGGAAAACAUCGUUUUACCCGCUAAAGUCAAAGAGAUCAUGGACACUUGGACUUACAAAAUGGGCUAUCCCGUCAUCAAGGUGACGCGAGACUACGCAACUGGAGGGGCGCAAGUAACUCAGGAAAGAUUUUUGCUGAGAAAAAUGAAUACGACGGAGAUUGACCCAACAGUUUACCAGUGGUGGGUGCCCCUCACUUACAUCAAUGCUGGACUUGAGCCUUCCCAAAAGGUGUCUGAAUGGCUCUCGAAAGACGACGUCAGCACGUCGUUGAACGAUCUGGGAGCAGAUGCCGAUCAAUGGGUCAUUUUCAACGUCGACCAACAAAACUAUUACCGCGUUGCCUAUGAUGGUACCAAUUACGACCUUCUCACCGCCCAGCUUAUGGCCGAUCACCAGCGAAUUGUUCCAAACAAUCGAGCCCAGCUUUUGGACGACACUUUCAUUCUGGCGUCAGUGGACAUUGUUCCAUACAAAAAUGCCCUGGAUUUGUCGUUGUAUCUUGCUCAAGAAAAGGAGUACGUACCCUGGAACGCUGUCCUCGCCGAAUUCAACUAUAUCGACUCUAUGCUGCAUAACCAAGCACAGUUCCCAGAUUGGACGAUUCACAUGACAAAUAUAGUGACUCCAUAUUACAAUCAUGUUGGAUUCCAAGAAUCGGAUACGGAUGCACAGCUCACCAUUUACGCCCGUACUGAUGCCAUGAGUUGGGCGUGCAGACUUAAGAUUGCUGAUUGCGUCGAUAACUCAAAAGCUAAAUACGCAGAACAGAUGAACGACCCAGACAACAGCCGGAUCUUGUCGCCCAACCAAAAGAGUACCAUUCUUAGGACAGGCGUGGAAAACGGUGGCCAGGCUGAAUGGGAUUUUGCAUUUAGUCAGUACCUUAGCAAAUACGACACCUCUUUUCUGAUCGCCGCCACUUGCAGCAAAGAAAGUAGUCGUCUCUACAAUUUACUAGAGAUGAUGCUGGACAGCGAGUCUGGUAUCCGUCUCAGUGAUGUCAACACUCUAUUUAAAAACGUUGCCUCAAACCCGCUGGGUAAUCUUAUUGCCACUGAUUUCCUAGUCAACCGAUGGAAUGACAUUGAACAGUCUUGGUUGGGAAGUAAUUACUUUGUCAACUUCUUCCGCUACGUUUGCGACCGCCAGAACACGCAGACACAGCUGGACAGAUUGCUGAAGUUACGUAAUGAUCACUUCGACAUCCUCGGAAAUUCCAACACUGUGCAACAAGGUAUCGACAUUGUCGUAGAAAACAUCAAGUGGAUGGAGCUGCAUCAGGAGGAGAUUGGAACUUGGUUAGUGGAUCCGUCAGUAACAGAACCUCCUGCAACUACUACAACUUCGACUACAACAACUUCGACUACUACAACGUCGACUACAACACCUUCGACUACUACAACUUCGACUACAACACCUUCGACUACUACAACUUCGACUACAACACCUUCGACCACUACACGGACAUCUACGACAACCAGCUCAAGCACUGCAGCUUCGACGGUUUCAACUACACCGGUUCCUACUACACCUUCGGCCGGCUUCAGAUUUACAAAAAUGGAUUUCACUUCUAUUUUUGCAGUUGUUUUACUAUGGAAAUUCUUGGUACACUAGGUAAGGUUUAGUUCUAAGCAUUAUUUUCUGGCCGAAUAACGCAUUAAAAUGAGAAGUGUCGCUAUUCUGAAAUAAAACUUGGACCAGUUUA